AUGGGAUCUACCCCGCAAAAGUACACCGUCCUCCACAUCGGAGACGACAUCAAAUACAACCCCGACCUCUACAAAGCCUUUUCCCAAAAGUUCGACAUCAUCCAACCCACCCUCGAAGAACGGCAACGCGAGAAUUUCAUCCAAGCCCUCAAGGAGAAGCGAUGGGGCAGCUUUCACGCCGUCUUCCGUCCCUUCUGGAACUCAGGUGGUGAAAUGGGCCGCUGGGAUCAAGAGCUCGUCCCCCACCUUCCUCCAACAUGCAAAAUCUUCGCCUCCGCCGGUGCAGGCUAUGACUGGGCCGACAUCCCGACACUCAGCGCCCAUGGAAUAACCUACUGCAACGGCGCACGCGCCUCCUCUGAAGCUGUCGCUGACAUGGCCAUCUGGCAUAUACUCUCCGUCUUCCGCAACUUAAUCUGGUCAGCCGAGGCCGCAAAGUCGGGCUCCGUCUCCCAAUGGCAAGAGGCCCACAAGCACCAGCAAGACACGGCGUACAACCCGCGUGGCCGCAAACUCGGCAUCAUCGGCCUCGGAAACAUAGGCUACACAAUCGCGGAAAAGGCAUGGCGCGGUUUUGGAAUGAAAGUCCUGUACCACGACAUUGUGAAGAAGAGUGAGGAACUCGAGUCCGCGGUGCAGGGAACAUUUUACCCCGACUUGGACGCCAUGCUGGCAGAAAGCGAUUGCGUUAUCCUCGCCACGCCCUUCUUCGGCGAAACACUCAUUACCGCAGACCGACUACACAAGUUUAAGCGUGGGAGCCGCUUCGUCAACAUCGCACGCGGGUCUUUGGUAGACGAGGAUGCGCUUGUGGCUGCGCUGAAGGAGGGCUGGAUAUUUGCGGCGGGGCUAGAUGUUCAUGCUAAUGAACCACAUGUUCAUCCAGAGUUUACAAAGAUGAGGAAUGUGACAUUGACUUGUCAUAAUGCGGGCGGUGCAUGGGACACGGCGAGUGGGUUUGAGAGUUUGGCCAUGGAAAAUAUUGAGGCAUUCUUAGUAGAGGGGAAGGCAUUGACGCCAGUUAAUGCGCACUUAUUAGAGAAAAAGUGAGGGUG